AUGGAUAUCCUCAAAGUCCUGUCGCGCGGCAUCAAGCAGCCCCCCAGGGGCGCCAAGGGAACAAACAAGUCGGCAGCGAACCUGCCGUCCGCUGGCAACCGGACGAACCCCCAACUCUUCCACGACGAGGUGCCGUCGGCGCGGGGCCACAAGAGGAAGCGCGGCAAGGAGGAAGUCGAGGAGAAGGAGGAGGAGCAGCUGCCCGAGGUCGACUUCUUCGCGCCCAAGCCCGACCCCUCCGAGGAAGCAGACAAGGCCGCCGCCGCCGCCGCCGCCCCGAAGGAGAAGAACGCCGCCCUCUCCGCGCCCGCCGUCAAGCCGAAGCUGCUCCCCGAAGACGAGUGCCGACAGAUCCUCCGCUCCCACCGGCUGAAGCUCACCCUCCUCUCCGAACGCCACAAGAAGCCGUCCAAGGUCACCAAGAGCAAGAAGAAGAAGGUCGCCGUCGAGGCCGAGAAGGAGACAAACCAGCUGCACCCGCAGCCGCUGACCACCUUCCGCCAGCUCCGGACGAACUACGCCAUCGCGCCGCUGCUGGCGGACAACCUGGCACACCAGGGGUACAAGGUGCCGACAGAGGUGCAGCUGGGCGCCCUACCGCUGCUUCUGCAACCGAAGCUUGCCCUGAAAGAGGUCCCCAACAGGAAAGAGCUCGGAGACGUCUCCAAGGGCGUCGACUUCCUCGCCGUUGCGCCGACAGGCAGCGGAAAGACGAUCAGCUUCCUGAUCCCCGCCAUCAACUCAAUCAUGAACAAGAGGGCUUCUGCCGAGGACGACGACAGUCACGAUCUAUCCGCCAUCAUUAUUGCGCCGACGAGGGAGCUUGUCUUCCAGAUUGUCAAUGAGGGACGCAAGCUAGCCCAGAACUCCGGCAUCAAGGUUGCCGGCAUGAAGAAGGGCAUGCGCGUCGCCGUCGAGGAAGAGGAGAAGUCCGAGAGCGAGGACGAAGAGGAAGACGAGGAGAAGGAGGAGGAAGAGGGCGGCGAAAAGUCUGAAGAUGACGACGAGGACAGCGAGACGGAGCCCGCCAGGGCAAAGUCUGUCGUCAAAGUGGACAUCCUCGUCACGACGCCAGCGCUCUUGUUCAAUUUCCUCUCGUCGGGGUCGCCCAAGACGAAGCGCAAGCUUCCGACGGUGACGUCUCUGAUCUUGGACGAGGCCGACGUACUCCUGGACCCUUUGUUCCGUGAGCAGACCAUGGCCAUCUGGUCCGCGUGCACCAACCCCGAGCUGAGGACCACCUUCUGGUCGGCGACCUUUGGCUCCAACAUUGAGACCCUGGUCACCGAGGCGCAGUCGGCAAGGCCCGAGUCCAAGCCCCUGAUCCGUCUGGUGGUCGGCCUGAAGGACACGGCCGUUCCCAACGUCACCCACAAGCUCGUCUACACGGCGACGGAGAAGGGAAAGCUCCUGGGUCUCCGCCAGCUGCUCCGACCCACGGCUGGAGACGACUCGGGCCCGCCGCUGCGGCCUCCGUUUCUGGUCUUCACCCAGACCAUCGAGCGCGCGACGGCCCUCGCGGAGGAACUCAAGUACGACAUCCCACUGGCGGCCGGUGGCUCCGACAGGAUCGCCGCGCUGCACAGCGGCCUCGCAGACAGGGCCCGCGCGGACAUCAUGCGCCGCUUCCGCGCCGGCGAGGUCUGGAUCCUCAUCACGACAGACGUCCUCGCCCGCGGCGUCGACUUCGCCGGCGUCAACGGCGUCGUCAACUACGACGUCCCCGGCUCCAGCGCCGCCUACGUCCACCGCGCCGGCCGGACAGGCAGGGCGGGCCGCGAGGGCGGCGUCGCCGUCACGUUCUACACGGCGGACGACAUCCCCUUUGUCAAGAGCGUCGCCAACGUCAUCGCCGCCAGCGAGAAGCAGGCCGGCAAGACGGGCGACCAGGCCAACGUCCAGAAGUGGCUCCUCGACGCCCUGCCCAACGUGAGCAAGGCGGACAAGAAGAAGCUGAAGGAGAAGGGCGUCGAGGCGAGACGCAGCCACGGCGCUGCCAUGAUCUCGUCCCAGAGCAAGUGGGACCGACGCAAGGAGUCGAACAUACAAGGAGCCACCGCGGCGAACAAACAGCGGAUCAAGAACGCCAGAAAACUAGGCGGGGAUGAAGGAGAAGAAUGGGGUGGCCUCGAUGACUGA